GCGCAUGCGUCCUCUUAACUAAUCAAAAAUUAGCUGUAAACCCCUCUAUUUACACCUCUUUCACUCAAAAACCCUAGAUCGAUCUCUCCUCUCCUCUCACACUUUCGUCUCGCCUUUUAGGAAGCUUCCCUUAAUUCACACACCAUCACUUUAACUAGAUUACUUCUCCACUCUUCUUUAUUCACUUCAGCUUCACCGUGAAGAAGACGUCAUUUCCAGAUCUGUACUGCUUCACUCUUAAAAACCUUCACAUUCACGAUCUGUCUGAAGAACAGAGCUAUGAGUUCUGUCUGAUAACGAAACCCAAAAAAAAAAAAAAAAAAAACCAAUUUUCUUCCUUUACCAAUGGCAAUGCCACCUGGCAAUGUUGCUCCCGGAAACUGGAUCCUGGACGGGAGAGACGGGUUCAUCUCGUGGAUCCGCGGGGAGUUCGCUGCGGCCAACGCGAUCAUUGACUCGCUCUGCCAGCAUCUAAUAGCGAUUGGGGAUCACAACGAAUACGAGGGCGUGGUCUCAGCCAUCCAACAGCGUCAAUCGAGCUGGUCUCAGGUUCUUUAUAUGCAGCAUUUUUUCCCCAUCGCGGAUGUUUCCUACGCUCUGGAGCAAGCUGCUUGGAAGCGGCAACAGAAGACGAUGAUGCCUCAAAGGCAUUACAACUCCGAUCAGAUUGGAGGAAGGAGAUCAGGGAAUGGGUUUAACAAGCAUCAUCAUGGUGGUUAUAGAGGAGGUGGGACAAUGGUGAGAAACGGGCAUCGCUCGGAUUCGGAUGGUUACAAGAUUGAAUCUAAGCUAGCAAGUGGUGAUAAGGCAGUAUCUGUUGGUGAGGAGAGGAGAGAUGGUAGCGAGAAAUUGAAGAGUGAUAACAAUCUCAGUUCUGAGCAGACGCAGGACGAGAAAGAUAAAGAGUGUACCGCAAGCAUGGCAAAGACUUUUGUUGUCCAAGAGAUGUAUGAAGCGAAAAUGGUUAAUGUUGUAGAAGGACUGAAGCUAUACGAUUCGAUGGUCGACGCAAAGGAAGUUUCUCAACUCAUUUCUCUUGCAAACAAUCUGAGAAACGCUGGAAGAAGAGGUCAACUUCAAAGUGAUGCAUUUGUGGGCUAUAAAAGGCCAAAUAGAGGACAUGGACGUGAGAUGAUCCAACUCGGUCUCCCCAUUGCUGAUACCAGGCCUGAUGAUGAGACUAUCAAAGAGAGAAGAAUAGAGCCAAUCCCAUCGUUCCUUUCAGACAUCAUUGAACGUUUGGUCUCAAAUCAAUUCAUACCUGUGAAACCUGACUCAUGCAUCAUUGAUUUCUUCAACGAGGGAGAUCACUCGCAGCCUCAUAUGUUCCCUCCCUGGUUUGGACGACCUGUUGGGAUCUUGUCCUUAUCGGAAUGUGAUUUGACAUUUGGAAGAGUCAUUGUCUCUGAUCAACCAGGAGACUACAAGGGCUCUCUCAAGCUGUCCCUCACUCCCGGAUCGGUUCUUGUGGUGGAAGGCAAAUCAGCAGAUCUUGCUAAGUUUGCGAUUCACUCAAUCCGAAAGCAGAGGAUUCUCAUCACCUUCACCAAGUCUCAGCCGGGAAACGGACUUAACUGGGGUCCACCACCACCGCUUAGCAGAUCGCCAAAUCAUCACAACCGUCAGCCAAAACAUUACCCUGUUAUCCCCACCACCACCGGUGUCUUGCCCACACCGUCUGUUCAGCCGGUUUUCAUAGCACCUUCUCCUCCGCUUCCCCCUCCAAUGCCGUUCCCAGGUGGUGGUGUCGUGCCUGGAGCAACAAGCUGGCCACUGCUGCCUCAUACACGACACCAGGCGCCACCACAGCCUCGAAUGCCCAUCCCUGGAACCGGUGUCUUCCUCCCACCCGGUUCAGCUCAAGAACAGGUGGAAAUGAAGACGAAAGAGGGAGCUUGUAACGGAAACGCUGCUGAUGAGUGCGGUGGCGGUAAACAGGUCAAUUAGCUGAAGAGGAUAAGAUUUAUAGAGAGAAACGAGGUGGGAGAUGGAGCUUUGCAGUUUUUAAACUGUGAAAAGAGCGGCAAGUUCUUAUGAGACGUUGCCUCUUUUUUUUUUUUGCCAUUUCAGAAAUUGAUUUCUUAGGAAAAAAAAACGGAACAAAGGCAAAACAAUUAGUUUAUCAUUUCCAUUAAUAUUUAUAUAUUUCUCCCUCGUUUCACAUAA